GCAGAACAGAUCCACUGUUUAUGUUUAGACUAAAUUAAGAAGUUUUGUACUUAUUAUUAUUAUUUUUUUUUAGAGUUACUUUCAGUUUUGCAUACAAUUAAAUUAAUAUUGACUGUGCAAUAUCAAGAGCACAAAUGAGCCAUCACUCUUCGUGGAGAGGGCAUCAUUGUGCUCCUGGAGACACCAACUGCACUGCAAGCUUUAAGGAGUCCUUAGGCGGCAAGAGCUACAAGUUACUCCAUGUGCCUUUCCAUGGGCCGACCCACAGCCACCACCAUGAGCCUCCACACCCAUUCCCCACUGUGGAUGUUCCUGACCAUGCCCACUACAUCAUCGGCUCUGUCAUAUUAAUAGUUGGCAUCACUGGAGUGAUUGGAAAUGCUCUGGUGAUAUACGUGUUCUGCCGAAGCCAUAAUCUUCACACUGCUGGGAACCUGUUUGUGGUGAACCUGGCUGUGGCUGAUUUCUUUAUGUCUCUCACCCAGUCACCAGUGUUUUUUGCCACCAGCCUGCACAGGCGGUGGGUGUUUGGUGAGCGUGCUUGUGAGCUCUAUGCCUUCUGUGGAGCCCUCUUCGGAAUCUGUUCAAUGAUGACCUUGACUGCUAUUGCGGCUGAUCGCUGCCUUGCCAUAAUUCAGCCCCUUGCCCUCGUAGGCAAAGUUAGCCAACGCAAAGCUUGCGCAGUGCUGGCUGUUGUGUGGCUCUAUUCUUUGGGCUGGAGCCUUCCACCAUUCUUUGGCUGGAGUGCUUAUGUCCCAGAGGGGCUUCAGACUUCCUGUUCAUGGGACUACAUGACCUUCACUCCAUCAGUGCGUGCAUACACCAUCCUCCUCUUCAUUUUUGUUUUCUUCAUCCCACUGGGCAUUAUUGGUGGCUGCUACUUUGGAAUUUUCCAAACUAUCCGAGCAGCCGGAAGGGAGAUAAAAGAGCUGGAUUGUGGGGAAAUACAUAAAGUGUAUGAGCGUAUGCAGAAUGAAUGGAAGAUGGCUAAGGUUGCCCUCCUGGUGAUUUUGCUCUUUGUAGUGUCCUGGUCACCCUACUCUGUGCUGGCUCUCACUGCUACAGCAGGCUAUUCCCAUCUCCUGACCCCCUACAUGAAUUCAGUGCCUGCAGUUUUUGCCAAGGCCUCAGCCAUCCAUAAUCCUAUCAUCUACGCAAUUAUACAUCCAAAAUAUAGGGCAGCUAUUGCGUGUUAUAUUCCAGUUCUUCGCUCUAUCCUGCGUGUAAGAGAGAAGGACCUCCGUUCAUCUUUCAGUUCCAGUAGUGCCCUCUCCUCCCGUCGUCCGACACUUACUAGUCAAUGCUCCUUGGGUGUUAACAUGGGCAAUGCUGCACGAGCUAAUGGCCUCUGGGGGAAGACCCACUUGUCUUCGGCUUCAGACACUGAUUCCUGCUGGACAGAGUGUGAGGCUGACGGUUCCAGUGUUAAUUCUCUGAUGUCUAAUCGCCGUGUAUCCACAGAGAUCUCUACAGAUACAGCCAUUCCUCUACAGUCUAGUGGCAGCAUCACCACAAGUGGGCAGAAGGUAGGGAAGUUGGACAAAGUUGCAAGCAUGCAUAUUUCUUUUGAAACAGAUGAAUCGGAGGGGGAGACUCUGUCUGAUGGGAAGGCUUUCCUCCUUGGUGGUAACUAAAGGAAUAAUGCGGUGCUUCAAAGGGGUCACAACUUUAGUAUUAGUUACUUUAGUAGUUGCUUUGAAUAUGACCUGUUACUGUAGUUUUAGUAUGAUUAAAUAAUCCUUGUUCCCUUCUUUAUUCCACAAUUUUAUAUUUUUUUUUUAAACCUUGUUUUUACAAUUUAAUAAUUUCUAGGUUAUGUGUGAAUGUAUAGGGAGCAUUUACUGAUUGUAACCAUUCUGUUCAGUUAACAGCCAUUUAGCACUUUGUUUCAUUAUUUAAAAAGCUUAUUAAUGACAUUUAUUUUUCUGAAGGUAUUCUGGUGUAAAAUGUAAUGGUCUAAGUAAUGUAUGUAAAUGAUGUUUGGCAUACAUUUUAUUUAAAUAAAAUAGCAUAUGCAUAUAUCAUCAGCAGUCCUAUUUAUUUGUAACGGUCACAACUGUAGUGACGAUACCCCACAAUAAAAAUACAAUAAAAGAAAA